AGUCCUGAACCCUUCAGUAAUGCAAGCAAGACAACUGAACAUCACAUGCUUUCUUUUAUUAUUCACUUGUCUACAUUUAUUGCGAUUCUUUUCAAGAUAAGUGAAUACAUAAAUAAAAUGAAGAUGAUACCGCUACACUACUUAUUCAAAGCAUGGACUCUUAGGCACCCACACCUCUACUUCUUGUCUUCACGGAUUUUCUGGACUCUGUUGUUCACUGAAUUUCGGGUGACGAAAGGCCAGCCAUUUAUAUUUCUGCUUAUUUCUUGCGAUUAUUUUCAUGGGUUGACUAGUUUUAAAGGCGUCUUAAACAAACUUCUGAAAAGUGCACGCACAAUUUUUCUCAUUUUGGAGGAAAAGGAAAGUUUCGUGUUGUUGUUUUUGCUAUUUUCCCACUAUGAAGAUUUCUGGGUUCUGGGUUCUGUUCUUUGUGCUUGGGACAGCUGUCACGUUCCUGAGCUUCCCUACUGGUAUGGUUAUAACCCAGCACAGUGAUGGUAUGAUGAUGAUGGCAAUGAGGAGGAAGCUGAAGGAGAACGGCUAUACCCCGAGCACCAACAAGAAGCCUGAUGUAGGCAUGAUCAAUUUGCAAGAUUAUUCUCCCGCAGAUCCGGCACCAAGUAAGGCUACUAUAAAACCUGCACCUAUUCAUCACUACAGUCCUUUAAAUCCAAACAUUCCAAGGCCUUCUCCUCCUGAUCAUCCCACGGCCGGUGGAUCAACCUAGGCUACUGGAAACCUGUUUUUCCACUGUUGAUUGUUACAAUUUUUAUUUUGUGUGAUGUUUUACCUGCCUGAUGUUGUAGACAACUUAAUUAACUAUUUGUGUUGCUUAUGCUUUUAUCUGUUGAUUGCCCGUUGGAUAUUUUAUGUAUUGUAUUGUGAUGUUUGAAGCUUUCAUCUUUUAAGGAAUAUCUAAUCCAUUCUAUGUACCUA